GUUCAUAUUUUCCUCCAAAAAAUUUCACUUCUUUCCAUCUUUCUCUCUCUAAAAGCUCUGAUUUUUCUCUCUCUAAAGCUCCUCUAUCUCUCUCUUGCUUCAUAAGAAAGUUUCUUUCUCAAGAAUUCAUGUCGGACAAGGGUCGGCCAUUGCCAAAAUUUGGUGAAUGGGAUGUCAACGAUCCUGCAUCAGCUGAGGGAUUUACUGUGAUCUUUAACAAGGCAAGGGACGAAAAGAAAACAGGUGGCAAACCAGAGUCACCAGCAAAGGCUGAUCCUCAUGUUAAGCCUACAGUGGAUCCUGGCAAGCCCCAGCCUAAAAAAUGGCUUUGCUGCAUUCAAGCCCCGCCUGCGGAAACUUGAUGAAGUCCUGCUUGUAUAAGAGCUUCCACAAGUAUGGUCAAGCCCCACCAUAUAUUCCUAUACAAGAUAGGAUCUAUAGGGCAGUGAUAAGCCCUUCUGGAAUUUGUUUUUUUUAUUGUGUGUAAAAUUUAAUUCUGGCGGGAGGAAGGAGCAAAGACGCACACUUGAUGUAUCUAUUUGCACUGAUUUGGUGGGUUAUUAUUAGAAGCUGAGUUAUUUCUUCUUGUCUUUGCCUACUCUUUCUUAUAAGCUGUAGAGCUUUUGUGUGACAUUCUUUCUUCAUGUUAUACGAGUGAUUGGCGUGUUUGUCAAA